AUCCCUGGAGAUUUACCCAAAACAAAUGUUGCCCUUUUUGACUCUAGCUAAUCAAUAUAACUGGGUUUAUUAAAGCUCCUUUCUCUGUCAUCUUUAACACAAGGAACAAGAUUUUCUUUCUAGCACCAGUGUCAUCUUGACUAAACAGGAAACCGACGAUGUCCGGCAUCAUGAAAGUGUUUUUGCUCCUGGCUGUCAUGGUCUACAUCUCUGAAGCCCAACUCGAUGGUACAUCAGGAAAGAACUGUCUGUGUCGAAAUGUCAGGAAUGCAAUUGGCUCAAGGAAUAACAUAAAGGACAUCCAGAUCAACCCAGCAACCUUAUACUGUGACCAAGUGGAGAUUGUUGUCACCUUAAACAGCGGCCUUCGCUAUUGCCUGAACCCCAGGAAACCGGUAACUUCUACUACAGCCAGACCAACUGAGCUCACUGCCACCCCCUACUGAAAAAGAACAGUUGGAACUAAAUGAAAAUAAUAUGCACAUGGGUUGCACAUAAU